UCUCCCAACUCCUCCAUCUUUCAUCACAAGCUUCACCACCAUCACUCCUCUCUCCUCAGUUUUCGCUGAUGUCUCUUACCAACUCACAAAAUCCUCUUUAAUCCCUCUAUUCCUUGAAAAACACUAAAAGUUAAAAAGACAUAAUGGCAGCUAGAGAUAAAAAGUCGCCUCUCACUAACCUCAUCGCAGGUGGCACUGCUGGCUUCAUGGAAUCUUUCAUCUGUCAUCCUCUUGAUACAAUCAAAGUGCGAAUGCAACUCGCCAAAAAUGUUGCUAGGGGUGGUCAGGCUAAUGCAAACUUGUCAUUUAUAGGUGUUGGCUUGAAGAUCGUGCGGAAAGAGUCACCAUUAGCGCUCUACAAGGGGCUUGGUGCUGUAACAGCUGGUAUCGUGCCCAAGAUGGCCAUCCGAUUCACUACCUUCCAGUUCUAUAAAGACCUAAUGGUUGACAAGAAUGGUACACCAUGGAAACUGAAUAACCUUUGGGCUGGUUUGUUGGCUGGCGUGACUGAGGCUGUGCUAGUCGUGACACCCAUGGAUGUGGUCAAGAUCCGUCUCCAGGCACAACGUCACUCUAUGGCUGAUCCCCUCGACAUCCCCAAGUAUCGCAACGCAGCUCACUGUGCUUAUACUGUUGUUCGCGAGGAAGGCUUCGGUGCGUUGUAUCGUGGAGUUGGAUUGACCUCUCUCCGUCAGGCUACUAACCAGGCAGCCAAUUUCCCCACCUACCAUUUCCUGAAGGGCUAUCUUCAGCGCCUCCAGAAUAUACAGGAAUUGCCUGGUUAUCAGUCUGCAGUCAUCGGAUGUAUCUCUGGCGCGAUGGGGCCGCUCGUCAACAACCCUAUUGAUAUUGUUAAGACCCGUAUUCAAAAGUCCCCCAAUCCGGAAGGAUUGAGUGGCUGGGCGCGCUUCAUGGAUGUCAACACCCAAAUUUUGAAGAACGAGGGCUGGAGGGCCUUCUACAAGGGUGUUACACCUCGUGUACUCCGCGUUGCUCCCGGUCAGGCUGUCACAUUUGCUGUCUAUGAGUGGGUUUCGAGAUGGCUGGAUGCCAACUCUGAUACCUUCAAGUUGACCGUAACUGCUAAGUAACUUCUUUGUCAAAGUAGAGCAAUUUUCGCUGCGUUCUCAUCAUGCCUUCACGG